AAAUUUCAUGAGUUGGAAAAUCUGACGGAUUCUGUGGCUGUGGAGUUCAUUGUGGCCGAGUAUUCCGAGCGUCUGCAGAAACUCUGGUACAACCUGAUGAAAAAUGAAAUGAUUUUAGUCGAGCAACUAGAAGAAGUUAUCAAAGAAUUUGAGCUGAACAUUACGGAUAUGAUCCAAGGUUUUUUGGAAAAAACUGAAGAGCACUUCACCGAAUGCCGAGAGCUCCAGUCGCAGUUCAACGAACGCCUAGUGGAUACCUGUCCGGUCGUGUUGGAGAGAUUCUUACGAAAUGAUAGUGACCUGGUAGCUUCAGAAGCCUUAUAUGCGGUAAGUAAUGAGUUCCGUGUGUUUUCCUCAAGUUUGUGGACAGACUCAAAACAUGCAGAUUGA